AUGAAAGUUCAUGUUAAAGAUGUUCAUAGUAAAAAGCACAAAGUGUUAUGGGAAAGUGAAGGAUGCUAUGCAAAUGUUUCAUUUAUGGUUUUAGCACGCAAGGUUUUGGAUUGCUCACAUGGAAUAGAUCGAAAUGAUGCAGCAAAGAAAGCAUACAAGAAUAAGACAAAAACAAAGAUAACUGAACACUCUUGUAUGAGGAGUUAUAUUAAUGUGCAGGACACAAAAAAAUUUGAAUGCCCAGCCCAAGUUAUUUUGAAGGAAAUUAUAUACUUCAAGGAUUACAUGCUUGCUGAACCCAACACAUGGAAAAAGAAAAAAAUUUCUUUAAAAAUAAAAAACUUGCUCAAGAACAAGAGCGACAUUGGAUUCACUGAGAAGCGAAUUAAGCUAAUUAUUAAUGACAUUUCAGAACACAGAAACCAUGCUGUUAGAGAAGUAAGUUAA